CCCGGGCCGUCACCGUCAGGUGGAAAGGGACAGGUCAGCGGUGGCCGCGCCCGCGGGGCGGAGCCUGGGCCGGGCGGCUGCGGGUGUCCGCUCGGAUCCCGCGCCGCCUCCUCCGUGCAGCGCGCCGGGCUGCCAGUCCAGACCUCGCGCGAGCCCGCGCUCCACCCGGCGCUCUCUGGGCCGCACGGUCCCCGGCAACAGGUGAAGAGGCCGGCGGCCCCGGCGCUGGGUGGGGCGGCCCCUCUCCGCCCGCCCCGCGCCCUUCCCUCUCCCCGCCCCUCCCCUCCUCCCGGCCGCCUCGCCAGCUCGGCCUCCUCUCCGGCCCCGUGCAGCCCGAGAGCCAGGGUGCCGGGCACCCGCCGGACCCGCCGCGCCUGCCGGGCCCCCGGCCCGCGCUCCCUCCCCGCCUCCGCGCCGGGGUCUCCUGCCCCGCGCCGCACGGCCCCCCGACGCUGUGGGGGUGCCCGAGGAGGGGCCGGCCCGGCCCAGGGGCGACGAUGGAGGUGCCGCAGCGCGCGCGCUCGCAAACCGUCACCACCACCGCCAGCUCCUUCGCCGAGAACUUCUCCACCAGCAGCAGCAGCUUCGCCUACGACCGCGAGUUCCUGCGCACGCUGCCCGGGCUCCUGAUCGUGGCGGAGAUCGUUCUGGGACUGCUGGUCUGGACACUUAUCGCUGGAACCGAGUACUUCCGGGUCCCUGCGUUUGGCUGGGUCAUGUUCGUAGCUGUAUUUUACUGGGUCCUCACCGUCUUCUUCCUCAUCAUCUAUAUAACAAUGACCUACACCAGGAUCCCCCAGGUGCCCUGGACAACGGUGGGGCUGGAAGAUCAAGGGUCACAUAGUCGGUUUCGGGUGAGACUUUCUUGCUGGCUUACAGAGAUGCCUGCUAUCUUGCUGUGUCCUCACAUGGAGGACCGAGGAAAAACCAGCAAGAGGGGUCUGUGCUUCAAUGGUAGUGCCUUCCUCCUGUACCUCUCAGCCGCUGUCGUGGACGCGUCCUCUGUGUCCCCGGAGAGGGACAGCCACAACUUCAACAGCUGGGCGGCCUCCUCGUUCUUUGCCUUCCUGGUCACCAUCUGCUACGCUGGAAACACAUAUUUCAGUUUUAUAGCUUGGAGAUCCAGGACCAUACAGUGAUUUGCCAUUUUGAAACUGAACCGGGGAAAAAGGCAGGAAGCAUCUCACUGUAACCACAGCUGUAGGUAUAAUAUAUAUUUCCAGAGACUUAUAUUUAACUAAUGUUUUUAUAUACUUAGUUAAAUUUGCUCCCAGUGGUUUGUUACAGUUAAACUGAAUACUUAUUUGCAAAGGGCUGUAGCUUAUAAUGAACUCUUAAAUAAACCUUGUUGAUGUCCUCAUAGACCUUAUUUUCUUAGGUGGUGUGUAGAUAAAUUGCUAAUAUUAAGAAUGUUGUCAGGUUUGUAAAUCUAACGUUUAAAAUGUCAGAUGUUUUUUGAUUAAAUGUUUUAAAAUCCCA